UUUUUACACAAAUCGAUAUAAGGGUAUCGAUAACUUCUCUGAGAAGAAAGACAAACGAGGGCACGUAACGAUUCGAAUAGAGUCUGUUUAUUGUGAUUCGAUCAGUGAUGUCACGCUAUAUCUUGUAACCGUAACCUGUAUCGACAUCGACAAAAUUUCGUAUAAAAGUUUACUACAAAUUAAUCAAAUUAUUCAAAAAUUGAAUUUCACGCUCUUUACUAUUCAAGUGUUGAUUAUUCGCAAGCAGCGAUGCCAGAUUUAGCUUCAAUUAACUCAAAACAUAACACAUAACAUAACCCAACUUCUUUGUUUAUCCUCGUCUGUUUGAUUUUGGUUUGGGAUUUGAAAAUUCAUAUUCAAAUAAUCCAAAUUAUAUUAACUGAAACACUAAAAUCCUUUGAAUGUCGCUAAGAAGUUCAAAAGAAGUGGACCCGAUCAAAAAUGAGAGAACUGGAAACGUAAGGGAAGUUGGAUCUCAUGCCAUUUGGAGUCUUUCUUCUUGUAAACCAGGCUUUGGUGUUGAUCAGCUGAGAGAUGACCGAGCGGACACUUAUUGGCAAUCCGAUGGGCAACUACCGCACUUGGUCAACAUUCAAUUUCAAAGAAAAACAACCAUAAGCGAUAUUUAUAUUUACACUGAUUAUAAGCUUGAUGAAAGUUACACCCCAAGUAGAAUCUCUAUAAGAGUAGGCUCACAUUUUAACGACAUACAAGAGAUUGAAGUUAUUCCACUUAUUGAACCAUCAGGUUGGGUACAUGUUCCAAUAAAAGACAUCAGAGACCGGCCCAUUCGAGUAUUUAUGAUUCAAAUAGCCGUUACAAGUAAUCAUCAAAACGGUAGAGAUACACAUUUGAGGCAAAUCAAAAUUCAUAGCCCCAUAGAAAAUCCUGGGGGAGGCUUCGAGAAUUUUGGCAACUUUUCUACUGUGGAAUUCCAGAAGUAUGCUACUAUUAGAUGAUAAUUUAAUCUAAGUUUUUACCCUAUUACAAAUUAAAAUAUCCUAUUGUUUAAUUAAUUUAGCCAAGACAAAAAAGAAAUCCAAUAUAUCCUACCUAGUUUGUUUAAUUUCCAAUCUUAUUCUUAUCCUUGUCAUGUGUUCAACAUUAGACAAAGAUGUCUACACACUUGAUUCCAAAACUAACCGCUUUUAUUUGUUAAUGUUGGUAAAACAGCAAACUGUAAUUUUGGCCAAUGUGCCAACUACCAAGUCAGCUGAUACAUAAUAAUAAAAGUUUUAAAAAGUAUUGUGGAUUGGAAAAUCAUGUUCUGUACUAUUUUUGUAAAUAUUUUAUAACAUUAAAAAUAUAUUAAGUGAUGACAAAUAUUCCUCAUAACAGUCGUAAAAGAGAUGAGUAUAUUGAUUUAGACCAACAGUUUCUGGGUAAGUUAUUUUUAAUUAAUUUCCGCUAUGUUUUUGUUCACUUAUUUCAAACUGCAUAUCAAACACCUGUAAAAUAAUAAUUAUUGAUUGGAAUAAAUAAUUAGUGCAAAAAUUGAUUUUAAUUAUCUUUUUAUCAAAGCCACCAGCCUACACUUAUAUGGAUUUACCUAUAUGCAUUUGAAAAUAUUGUUCUGUUACAGUUUUUAAAAUAUAGAAUUUCAUAUUACCUAAUGUAAUAUUAUCGUUCGUAUAUUUAUUUAGAAACUGCUGGUUAUCAGCUAGCUACACACAAUUUUAUUUUAUAUGUGGGUAUGUUUUGUAUCUAUUAUUAUGAUGUCUAGAUAAAAAAAAUUAUCAGUUUGAGCCUUUGCCAAGAGAAAUUUUCCAUAAACUGAUGAGUUUUUUAGGUUUCCUAUGAUUCGU